AAAAUUGAAAUUGGCAGUUACACGGUGCUAGUGCUGCGAAUUGGCGCUUGCUUAGGGCUUCAGUUGCAAAUCGGCGAAGACAGUCCCUGCUUCUUCGACGGUCUGCGACCCGCGAUUCACCAAUCUCUAAAUUGGCGAACUCUCUGUAAUCUUCACCGUGUGAAGCACCGAAGGAUCUUCUGAAAUUAUGGGCUUAGGUUUCGCUAUCGGCGUCUUCGGGUUGCUUAUUCUAUUUCACGCUGCUUAUGCCACAAUCCAAUAUAGGGGUUUGUUGAAGAUUACGGAGGAAGAGUUUUCCGGACCCCCAAUGAAUGUGGUUGUUGAGUUGUUGCUGGGACUAGUGCUCUGUAUGUGGGCUGCACUGGCUGUGCCGGGGAAGUUUCUGUCUAUCCAUCCAGACUCCGAAGAGAACAGGAUUGUUUCUUUACCUGCCAACCUGGAUUUCAUGAUCUUCAACCAUAGAGGGAAGGUAUUUCCUAUGGACAUGGAUGUGAAGCUGAGGCAUUGAAGAAUUUUGGACCAAGCAAGAACCUUCAUCUUGUCAUAUGAAGAAGAAAAACCUCGUUUACACUUUCAAAACAUUUGGUUGUGCGUUGGGAAAUCUUCCUAUGUCACUCGCUAUUUAUCACUGACUUGAGAGAUUUUGCAGUUUUCAUUGUAGCUUCAAGCUAAAAUUUCUGCACUGCGCACUCAUCGUUGUUAUUGUGACACAAUUAUUUGAACUGUUCAUGAAAAUUUAGCCUGCAUUUUAACCAUACA